GUGAUUUCGGCCUAAGAAGAAGAAAGGAAGAGAAAAACAUAUGAUCCUUUUUUGGUUAACCUCCAUUGACGCGCUACGGGAGAUUAAAUCCAUCAAAAAUGGUUUCAAGAGCGACGUCGAGAAGGAUUCCCGAGGUAGAACCGCGUAUAGAUUAUGUGCAAUGUGACGGAUUGGUAGUGAUGAAAAUGGUGAAACACUGCCACGAGGAGUCCUCUGGCAACAUGGAAGUCGCCCAGGGUGCUCUUCUUGGUUUGGUCGUGCAAAACCGCCUGGAGAUUACCAACUGCUUCCCAUUUCCCAAAAACGACGAGAUCAUGGACGAAGAGGAGUAUCAGCUUGCCAUGAUGCGGAGGUUAAGAUGGGUGAAUGUCGAUCACUUCCACGUUGGUUGGUAUCAGAGCGCGGACGUCGGCAACUUCCUGAAUCUGUCCCUGCUAGAGUCGCAGUAUCACUAUCAGACCUCUAUUGAGGAAUCGGUCGUGCUUAUUUACGACACGGCGAAGUCCGCCAGAGGUUUUCUAACGCUCAAAGCAUACCGGCUCACUCCGCAAGCGAUACAGAUGUACAAGGAGAACGAGUUCACUCCAGAAGCUUUGCGCACCUUAAAGAUUGGAUACGAAAGUCUCUUUGUCGAAAUUCCAGUUGUUAUAAAGAACAGUAAUCUGACGAAUAUCAUGAUGUCAGAAUUGGACGAAAUGAUUCCAGAGGAGCAGGGCACAAAGUACCUGGAUCUUGGAACAGCUACAGUGUUAGAGAACCAAUUAAGAUGCCUAAUGGAUCGAGUGGAUGAGUUGAAUCAGGAGGCAAUGAAGUUUAACAGGUAUCAACAGUUGGUGGUUCGACAGCAGCAAGAUAAGAACAGGCUAUUGGCCAAGAGGGCCCAAGAGAACGCUGCUAGGGCUGCGAAGGACGAACCACCGCUACCCGAUGACGAUAUCAACAAAUUGAUGAGACCUCUACCAGUCCCACCAAGAUUAAAUCCAAUGAUUGUCGCUGGACAAAUCAACACGUACAGCGAGCAUAUCUCGCAAUUCUGUGCUCAGAGCUUAGCAAAAUUGUAUAUCACUCAAAGUCUACAAAAUGCAAAGGAGGCAAAGUCAUCCCGUUGAUUAAUUGUAUUGAGGAUAUUUACAACAUGCAAAAAAAUAAUUACAAAAAUAAAAGAAACAUACGAUUUUUCAAGAAA